AAAAUGGAUACUACACUAAAUAGGAUGGAUGCAACUUUCAGGCGAACGAUGACGUCUGUAACAGACCUAUUGUUUCCCAUAAAUAAAGGAAAAGACGAAUUAAAGCUACAAAUCAUUCGUAAAAGUAUGUUUAUUAAGGGUUACAUAAACUAAAUAUAUUGGAAUAUUAUUUGGCAUGCCAAAUAUUAUUUCACGGCAAUCAUCAUUCAUGGCCAUGGUCAUGUUCGUCUUCGACUUGUUUGGGCCUAGCAGACGAGCCCGGCAUAAUAAUAAAAAAUUAUGCAGCCGCAUAAUAAUAAUAAAUAGUAACUACUGAUUAUACUUAACACUCUAAAUUAUAUUAAUACAUACAAAUUCUAGUAAUAGUUCAAAUUAUUAAGAACAAGAUUUAUAUUUCGUAAAGUAAAGCAGACUCAAACUCAAUGCACUGUUACUGUUCUCAGUUUCUGAAUUAUGAAUCUGGGUUUGAAAAUAUUUGGAUUAAUUUCUCAAUUUCUGAUAAAUUGUAAUUUUCCUCUGGCUGUCAUUUUAAUGUUUCUUUAUAGUAUAAAAUGUUUGCAAAGUAAGACUCAAUAUAGCAAAGUUGAAAACUCACAGUAAAGUUGUAAACAAACAGGAAUAAGCCUUCUAAAAAUGUUGGCACUCACCCAAACUUCAAAACACUAGUAAAACACAUCAAAUCAGUCGUUACUGUGACAUUUUAAUUAAUUUUUUUUUUGGAGGGGGGGGGGGAAUAUAAUAAUUGUCACUCAAGAACUUUGAAUAAUGUCAGAAUACAUAUUCUUUGUGGCUUAAGUGCCACUGGAAAGCAGAUAAGUAGCUUGGAAAGAAGCCAUGGCGUGUUCCACCUCGUUGAACUUGAAACCAACUGCAACACUCAAUUUGGAUAAAUUUGUUGUAGUUGACAAUGGUGUCGCAAAUUCAAUGCUUUCGAGAAGUAUUAUAACAUGCUUGCCUUUUACUUUGUAAACCCAAUAGAAUUUCAUCAUGUCGCUUUUCUGUGUGCUAAGCCCACGCCCACAGUUAGCAAAAAAUGACCUGGUGGAUACUGCAACUCAUAUUUCACAGACUGGAUUUCUAUGGGUAACCAUCAGGUGAUUCAGCACAUCAGACUAAAGACAUGGGACAUUGACACUAUGAGAUAAUGUUCAGCAAGCCACACUAACCAAAGCAUGCUGUCAUACAGUGCCUUCAGCAUUGUGUCAUAAAUUUGCAGAAUGUUUCCUGGCAAAAUAUUAAUUGCAUUAUGAACUGGCUUUCUGAUAAAUUCUAAUUAAAUUAGACUUCAUUUCAGUAGCCUACACAUUUUUCUCCUCAGAUCAUGAAUAUGUGACAAAUCUUCCACUUCAAAUGGUGUUAUAUUUCAACUGUUUUUAUUUCCCUUUCUGGUUUAUUGGCAAUUUAGUUGUCUUGGAUGUCAAGGUAAACUUGAAAUAUAAGAGAUAAUGUUUUAAAGCUGAAAAUAAUUAAGUUAAGCCAUUUUUAAAGGUGAAGGUACAUUUCAGUACUCUGUAUGUAAGUUGGUGUAUUGAAUUAGCUUUAUAAUUAUAACCAGGAAAACUUAAAAAUAUUUGUCUCCUUUUAUAAUAAAAAUUAACAUGUAGAAUGUAGUAAUUUAUAUGGUUAUAGCUGUAGUAAGCUAUGUUAGAUAUAUCUAAUAGUAAUAUAAACAGUCAAGUUAAAAAAUAAUUACAGGGUAAAUGAUUUCUAUUGUGUUUCUUGAGUUGGGAUACAAAUAAAACAAAAAAGACUUAACAUUAAUUUGAUCACAUUCAUUCAAAAGCUUUUAAAGUUGUAUUCUUUUUUAAUGUGGUUUAAGUUUUGUUCUAUUUAUUUUUGCAUCCUAUGAUUUGUUUUCCUGACUAAUUAAAAGAGUGCAAAAUUCAUAAUCUUUUUCAACAGUGGGUGCGUCUUGAUGAAUUGUAUCGCAUUGUCCUUGUUGCAAUCUACAUUGUUUACUUCAUCAUAGAAAUAGUCAGACUGUAUCUUGGAUACUUGGGAAAUUUAAUGGAAAGGGUGAGUUAUUUAGUUGUUAUUAUAACUAUGCUAUAUAAUAAUAAUAAUAAGGGGUCUUAUAUAGUUGGAGUCCCGUAAGGCGCAUACAAUGUCAAUUCCUGCAACCGUACCCAUCCCUGGUCGUCUUGACGUAGAGUCUUGCCACUGGAUAUGGUGGGCUCGGACGAGAGAGUGAGGUUGACGCUGCGCAACUCUUCCUCACUUUAAACAAAAGUCACCCGCGCAAGUCAUCAGUCACCAGACGACUCGAUGGUCAUCGUCGAUCCUCGACGGACGAACAACAACAACAACCCCAGCCUAGGGCUGGGCUCACCGUGCGGUACAUAAAAAUUUUAUCAAAAGAGACAUAAUCAUGACAUUAAAAUAAAAUACAUUUAUGAAAUAAAGAACAACAAUGUGUAUUCACCCACCCCACCACAUAACUUUUACAAGGCAAACCAUGGACGGCAGCCAGCAAGAUCAUUUAUCGGUCAGAGGAGGGGAAUCACUCAGGGUAGUAUAAUUUAAAAAGAUGUGUUUUGAGUGCAGUUUUGAAGGCCUGGGUGGUUGGUAUAUUGCGUAUGUGUAGUGGCAAAUAAUUCCAUUGUUUGGGGGCGCAGAAAGAGAAAGAUCGGUCACCAUAUGUUUUAGUGUGUGUCAUGGGAACUGACAGAAUACGCGUGUCUGCAGAGGAGCGAAGCUGUCGAAGGGGUGAAUAGACAGAAAGAAGUUCGGUUAGAUAGGAAGGGCAGGAAUCCAAGAAAAAGUUGUGACAGAGAACAGACAACUUGUAGUCAAUGCGUGCCUGUAUAGGGAGCCAAUGAAGGGAAUGGAGUAGUGGAGUGACGUGAUCACGUUUUUUUUGCCUUUAAAACUAGCCUAGCAGCUGAGUUUUGAACUUUCUGCAGUUUUUCUAUGCAGUGUUUUGGUGAACCUGACAGAAGAGAGUUGCAAUAGUCAAGACGAGAGAGAACAAGAGCACAGACUAGAGUUUUUGUAGCGCUAACUGUGAGGUAGUGGCGUAUGGAGCUGAUCUGACGGAUAGUGGUGUAUGCUGAACGACAAAUGUGAGAUAUGUGUUUAUCGAGAGACAUGUUGUUAGAAAGAAUAUAACCAAGAUUCCUAGCAGAGGGUGUAAACCGUAUGUCAGAGUUACCUACUUGAAAUGAGGUAGGAAGAGUUGAGGUAGAGGAUGAUGUGUGAUUGUGGAUGAGGAGUGCUUCCGUUUUGUCAUCAUUAAGCUUCAACUUGCUGAGUGUCAUCCAUGACUUGACAUCAUCAAUGCACCCCCGCAAAGUCUGGACAGCGGAUUCAACAAGAGAAGGAUGGGUAUGCUUGUAUAGCUGCGUGUCAUCUGCAAAUGACUGGCUCUCAACAGCAUGCCUCCCAAGCAAGAGGAGCAGUGGUCUGGUAUACAAUGUGAAUAGAAUCGGGCCUAAAACGGACCCCUGUGGUACUCCGUACACCAAAUCAGCACUGCCUGAGAGACAGCCAUCGACAGAGACCGCCUGCGUUCUAUCAGAGAGGUAGGACCUAAACCAAGCCAAAACUGAACCAGAAAUUCCAAAGUAAUUUUCAAGGGUUUUGAAAAGGAUUACAUGGUCAACAGUGUCAAAGGCCGCACUGAGGUCUUAGAGGAUCAGGAUGGAGAUAUCACCACUGUCCAAUGCGAGCAAGAGGUCAUUGGUCACUCUCAAGAGAGCCGUCUCUGUGCUGUGGAAAGGUCUUUAGGCCGACUGAUUAGAACUGAGAAGAGAGUGGUCAAUUAAAUAAGCAAAAAGUUGUUUUAGAACUAGUUUUUCAAUAACUUUAGAUAAAAAUGAUUAGUUUGAUACUAAUCAUUUUUAUCUAAAGUUAUUGAAAAAACUAUUGAAAUAUGAGUUGCAGUUAUACUAGAUAUAAUUUUUAAAAUUAUUUUCAUCCAGACCAGGCUUCUUAAGCAAUGGUUUGAUGACAGCUGAUUUACAGAGGGGGAACAGUGCCAGAAGACAAGCUUUCAUUUAUUAUGUGGGUUAUCGUUGGGAGCAAAUGCUCUAAUGACUCAACCAACACGGGGGUGGGGAUGGGAUCCAAAUAACAUGACGUUUAGAUUUUAAAUUUAUACUUUUGACCUCAAGAUCUGAAACAGGUUUAAAAGUAUCGAAAUGUGAAGUAAGACAAGGAACAGGAGGCAAAUCCAGGGAUGGUGCAUCAAAACGAUCAAGCUCAGCGCAAAUGCUAGCAACUUUGCUUGUAAAGAAAUCACAGAAAAUAUCUGGUUGCUGGGGUAAAGGAAAUACUGAAGGAAGAGGAGUUCCUUUGUUACUCCCUCUAAGGAAGGUGGCUACAAACAUCAAACAACUGCCUGCUGGUUUUACCCAUAGUUAUCUUUUGGCUAAAAUACGAAGUCUUAGCACGACAAACAUUAUAUAUUAUUUUCCUCAUGUUUCACAUUGCAUAGUGCUGUAUUAGUAUAUGUUAAUAAAUAUUCUUAAUGAGAAAAAUAUCUAGUACUAGUACUGUAACUAAAUGAGGGAAACAAGGCAGGCAGCAUGAAGCACUAUAUUACUAUUAUUAUACUGUCCCAAGAGUUCCGUUCUUUGAGAUGUCAUUAAACUCACAAGCCUUUCUGUAACAUUUGGCACUGCAUUUCAUAAUAACAGUUGAAUAGAUUGUUAGGUUUUUUCCAUUAUCAGGUUCCAGAGCUUGCUGGGAGUUGGUUGUUAACUUUGCUGUUGACCACACCACUCAUCCUGCUGCUCCUAAUCAAUGACAACGCACUUGUCCUCCCACUCGAGAGAGCUUUGCAUAUAGUCAAGAUCAUCAUGGUUUUGCUGGAAGUUUUCAUUGGUUACUUCGCUAUUCGUACCAUGGUCAAUUACCAGGUCAGUGCAAGUUUUCUAACUAACAUUCAUUUCAGAUAAAUUAUAUAAAGUAAAGGCCUGUCUAAUAUGUCGUGUAAAUUGGAAAAAUUCAACAGGCCAUCAAGCCUGUUCUUAAUACUCCCCCCCCCCCCCAAGGAUAACAAAAAGGGAUGUUGGCAGUGCCCUCCUUUUGUGAUAUCUAACUUAUCCACAGUUCUAUUAAUAAACACUUGAACUAAAAAAAAGUAUAAAGCAAAUGCAAACAAAAAAAUGGUCCUCUUGUCUUUGAGAUCUUGUUCUAUGUGUGUGCAGUUCCUGCUUAUAGGGAGUGGUCAGUUACAUUGUCAGGGUGUCCAAUUUCAGUGAGGAGUGGUCAGUUAUAAUGUAAGGGUGCUAAAGUUCAUUGAGAGAAUGGUCAUUUAUUGUCAGGGUGUCAAAUUUCAGUGAGGAGUGGUCAGUUAUAAUGUAAGGGUGCUAAAGCUCAAUUAGAGAAUGGUCAUUUAUUGUCAGGGUGUCAAAGUUCAUUGACAGAGUUGUCACUUAUUGUCAAAAUGAGAGAGUGGUCAGUUAUAUUGUCAGGGUGUUAAAAUUCAUUGCGUCUGCUCAAGCUGCACACCAGAUCUCCAACAACUAUAGUUGAAUUGUCCUGUGAAAGUAAGCUUUUAGUAAGUUUAAGUUUUCAAUUGUUUUGUUUUUUCUUUAGUAAUUGUUCAAAAUUGCUGUUACGCACUGACUUAUAUUGGGAGAAAUUAAUCUCCUAUUUUAAUUGGCUCGUUGUAAACAGUGCCUAACAAAGGACGAUACCAUAGAAUCAACAAUAUUAAAGAUACGACCCAAAACAGUUUCUAGUUACAAUUAAUAAGAUUUAUUAUGUCUUAAGAUAAUUACAAAAGAAAAGAAAAAUAUAAUUACAAUCUUCAACUUACAGUAUGGUAGAUCUUGUACCGGUACACAGUUAACACAGUUAGAAUAAUGUGCCAAUAAAUAAUGCGAAAUAAACACAUAUGAGCACACAAAUACACAAAGAAUAAAACACGCCUCGUAAUGUUAAGAAAAUCUAUCUGAAAAUCUCCGUCCUUCCGAGCCUGUUAAUCCCUUAUAUAGGUGGAUCUACCGACGCCCAAGCCCUGCCUUCGAGCAGCUACAAGGCAUUUCUGGAACAAUCAGAUUCAUUCUACAAAACACUACUUGGAACAGAUUAAUUAUUUUUAGUAGUUGGCGGCAUAAACAAGAAUACAUCAAAGGCCUAAGCCACACCCCUUUGUGAACACAGCGUCUCAUGCGGGGUCAAUCAGAGGGCACGCACGAGAAAUAUUAUGUAAACAAGCUCUCUAUAACAAUUGGUAUUUUUUCAAUGACCUUGACCUCAGCUCCAUAACCAUUGGUGUCCUCAAUCACACUAUGUAAAUGCACAUCAAAUAAAAAUUCAAAAUUGUAACAAAAUGUUUCCACUUAAACAGGUCACCAAAUAUCACCUGCAGCAAUUUUCAGAUCUGGAAAACACAGAUGACAGUGGUAACUACUUUCCAGAGACACGUUACACCAGCUAGUUACAAGAUUGUAACUAAAGUUUAAAAAAUGUGUGUAUAUUCUUGAAUCAAAAUAAUGACUGUUUGAAAUGAGACACAUUAAUUUAAAUAGUUAAUAAAGAACAGAACAAAAAGAAUUUUUACAACUGAAUUAUUUUUUAAUUGUACAUCAUGCAAAUAGUUUAAUGAAGAAAAUAAUUGUACAAAUGCAUCACAUUUUUUUUGUUUAUAUAAUAGAAAGUUGGAAUAAUGAUAAAAAAUGUAAUCCUAAUGUAUCUA